UGAAAUAUUUUGACACGUGACCAAAAAUUUGAAAAUAAGUUUUAAAAGAGUCUAUUUUAAAAAGUUCACAAAAUAAAAAAAAAAUCUCGUCUUCCCUUCCCAGUGUCCCCCAAAUCCAUCACCAAAGCUGCAAUGCGAGCUGCCACCGCUCUCCCUUCGAUCCCCUCUUCUUCUUCCCCAAGUCCGAUGGCCAGUGAUCCCACUGAGCUUCGCUGCUCCUCACCGGAGUCCUCCGGCGAUGCAGGCGCCGAGGAUCCUGCGGCGGUAGACGCUGCGGAGGAGAGCGGCGGCGAGGGUGGCAGCGGCCACAUUGCUGCUGGUACUGAGGCGGCGCCGCCGCGGCCGCCGGAGCCGGAGCCGGAGAAGGUCGCCCGCCACGGGGUGCUCCCACUCCUCGGGAAGCCCUACUUCACCUGCAUCAUGUGCAAGUCCCAUGUCCAGCCGCCAUUCCAAGUGGUGGUCCCGAGGUCGUUCGCGCCGCUGCUGCCGUCGAGGACGACGCCGGCGACGCUGUCGUGGCGGGGGCGGUCGUGGGGGAUGCGGUUCACCGGCGGGCGGCUGAUCCAGCGGCUGGAGGCCGGGUGGCGCGGCUUCGCCGUGGACAACGACCUCAGGCUCGGCGACGGGUGCGUGUUCGAGCUCCUCGUCGGCGGCGGCGGCGAGCAGGAGCGCGUCGAGUUCAGGGUGCAGGUCCUCCGCGCGGAGAUCCCGGCGAGGAUCCGGGGCCGCGCCGGCGGCUACACCUCGGCCACCCCCAUCGUCAUAGACUAGGGCGAUGGUGCUGCUGCUGCUGCCAUUGUUCAUCGCCAUCGAUGCCAUCUCGAGCAGCUCGUUUUGAACUGAAAUUUGGGAGGUUUCAGUUUCAGGUAAUGCAGCUGUGGAAACAAUUUGAUUCCAGGAUGAAUUCAGAAAUAACUAAGACAAAUUUGGCACCCCUGACCCUCGGUUGCAUUCAUUGUGAAUUUUGGAAUAUGCUUAAUGCUUUACAAAUAUAAAAUUAGGAAAUA